UUGAACCGUUCGGAGAGGGAGGAGGAGGAGGAGGAGGGGCUGCUGCAGCCGCCGCCGACGUCGCCGAAGCGGCUCCUUUGUGUUUCCCACAAUGCACCAGCUUCUCCUCCGCGGGAAAGCAAAAUGGCGAAGGGUUGUUGUGGAGCCGGGCUGCCCGUGAGGCUGCCUCGGGCUUGAGCCCCCUUGUUCUCCUCCCUUCUCCCCUUCCCCCGCGCGUGUUUGCCCUUCGGAGGGCGGCCAGAAGCCCAGCCGAAAGGCGGCUUCUCGGGCAGAGCGCAUCGAGCGCCAUUGAUUUCCCUGUAUGAAGCGAGUGGCCCAACUGGAGAGACCGAAUGAGGGCCGAUAAAAAGAGGUCGUUCCAAAAGAAGGGAGACUCUACGGGGGUGGGUAAUUCAGUGGUCCAUAAGCGGUCACCUUUGCACCGAAACCAAAAACCACCAAUAUCCUUGACCAAACUCUCCUCACGGGAUGGACAAAAAUCCAAAAAGCCAGUGUGCAAAUUUGAAGAAGGUCAAGAUGUCCUAGCUAGAUGGUCAGAUGGCUUGUUUUAUCUUGGAACUAUCAAAAAGAUAAACAAACUUAAGCAGAGCUGCUUCGUUAUAUUUGAAGACAGUUCCAAGUCCUGGGUUCUCUGGAAGGACAUACAAACAGGAGCUACUGAAACGGGAGAAAUGGUCUGUACAAUAUGUCAGGAGGAAUAUUCAGAAGCACCCAAUGAAAUGGUUAUAUGUGAUAAGUGUGGUCAAGGUUAUCAUCAACUGUGUCAUACACCAAAUAUCGGUUCUAAUGUGAUAGAUUCAGAUGAUAAGUGGCUCUGCCGGCAGUGUGUCUUUGCAACAACAACGAAAAGAGGUGGUGCGCUUAAGAAAGGACCAAAUGCCAAAGCACUGCAAGUCAUGAAGCAAACAUUGCCUUACAAUGUAGCUGACCUUGAAUGGGAUGCAGGCCAUAAAACAAAUGCCCAACAGUGUUAUUGCUACUGUGGAGGUCCUGGAGACUGGUAUUUGAAGAUGCUGCAGUGCGGCAAAUGUAAGCAAUGGUUCCAUGAGGCUUGUGUGCAGUGCCUGCAAAAGCCAAUGCUGUAUGGUGACAGGUUUUAUACAUUCAUUUGUUCAGUUUGUAGUUCUGGACCAGAAUACCUCAAACGUUUACCCUUGCAAUGGGUAGAUAUAGCACAUCUAUGCCUUUACAACCUAAGUGUUAUUCAUAAAAAGAAAUAUUUUGAUUCAGAACUUGAACUCAUGACAUACAUUAAUGAAAAUUGGGAUCGACUCCACCCUGGUGAACUGGCAGACACACCAAAAUCUGAAAGAUAUGAACAUGUUCUGGAGGCAUUAAAUGAUUACAAGACCAUGUUUAUGUCUGGGAAGGAAAUAAAGAAGAAAAAACAUUUGUUCGGCUUAAGAAUUCGUGUUCCUCCUUGCCCACCAAAUGCUGCUUUUAAGGCUGAGAAAGAACCUGAGGGAACCUCUCAUGAGUUCAAAAUUAAAGGGAGAAAAUCAUCCAAGCCUAUGCCUGAUCAGAGGGAAGUUACUAAUGGUGUAGAAAGAAAGGGGAAGAAAAAAUCUGUAGGUCGUCCCCCUGGCCCAUAUACUAGAAAAAUGAUUCAAAGAAUGUCUGAGCCAUCUCUGUUGGAAAAAGAACCUGUUAUAGUGCCAGAAUCCCCUGUUUUGGAUUCUCCUAGCACUACCGGAAGAUCUGAUGGAACUGCACACUCAUCCAAUACCUCAGAUGUGGAAUCCACAGGUGCCGCCAGUACAAAAGAAACUACCUCAAACAGUAUUUCCAAGCAUUACAGUUUAUCUGAUUCUAGAAAAAGGACGCGAACAGGAAGAACUUGGCCAUCCACGAUACCACACUUAAGGAGAAGAGGACGUCUUCCACGAAAAGCACUCCAGAUUCAGAACCCAGAAAUUGUAAAAGAGGAUGAAGGCAAAGAUGACUAUCAAUAUGAUGAACUUAAUACAGAGAUUCUGAAUAAUUUGGCAGAUCAGGAAUUGCAGCUUAAUCAUCUCAAGAACUCUAUUACCAGUUACUUUGGUGCUGCAGGUAGGAUAGCUUGUGGUGAAAAAUACCGUGUUUUGGCCCGUCGGGUUACACUUGAUGGAAAAGUUCAGUAUCUUGUGGAAUGGGAAGGCGCAACUGCUUCCUGACUGUAGUGCUGAAUAUUAUUUCCUGCACUGCCCUUUAUCUAUUUAUAGGCAGAGUUUAUACAUUGGAGUGCAGAAGGGAACCUAAAAGGAUAUUUGUAAAGAUGAAAAACCAAGUUAGCCUUAACACUUCUUGAACGGAACAAAUUUUUUUAUCACGUAAGAGGCCUGUAUUCUAAAAAAAAAUAAGGCUAGAUUCUUAAUGUGUUUAAAAUGAGGAUCUAGACUGUUGGGUUGGGAAUCUGGGAUUUCAUUUGCUUUAAAAUAUUCACAAGUCAAAAGAAGAAGAAGAAGAAGAAGCCUUGUCUCUAGUGUACAUUCCAUGGGUAUGUCUUUUGUGAGUAGGGUCUAUUUUCUGUAAGUAGGACGAAUUUUGAAUAAGAUACUUGAUCUUUUUCGUAUCCAGAAGUUUGCAAAAGACUAAUUUCUACUUUGACAACCCUAGAUUUUUCAUACGGUGCAGUGUAUAUACUUCCUGCUGAGGACUGUAAAAUAUUAAAAUCUUUCAAGCAAAGUGUAUAAAAUAUAUAUUGAGCUUGUAAAUUGCUCUGUGACUGGACUUUGUUGUCUUUUUAAUAUAUUCUUUGCAUGUGUAAUGUAUACACAUACGUGUGCAUGUGUAUAUAUGUGUGAUUGUGACCUAUGCAAUAUAAAUUAUGGGAUUGGGCAGCUUUUGACUAUAUAUCCCAUAAUGUCUUUUAUCAGGAAUAGUUGCAGUAUUUACACAGCAGCAUUUCUUCUCAGGCUACAUUGGGUGCUGUUGUUUGCCACAUAACGAUAGAAUAUGUGUCAAAUGAGUGCUGGGUGUUCUGGCAGUAUGUGCAGUCAUUAAUGUCAUAAUGCUUUCAGAAAACAAUUCAGGCUGCAGUUCUACACAUGGGAGCCCAGUGUUUUGGAGUGCCUCUCAGGAUCACAUUACCCCUCUCCUGUGCAAAUACCCACUCCUUUUGGAAAACUUUAUAUAUUAGUUGCAUCAGACCUAAAACCAAGGCUUAUUACAGUUGCCCCUCCUUAAAAUGGUUCUGAGUGAAGGGGGAGAGAUUAAAAGUACAUGCUUUAGUUUUUCUUGCUAAAGAUACCUGGAAACAGUGCAGCUACACCAGUCUGGGUUUUUAAGAUGGCAGUUCUCAGUCUUGGGGAACGCUAGCUGGUUGAGACACAGACUUUUAAAAUUGGAGCGUGGGCUCUGUGUAAAAGAAGAAUUCUGAUAAUUUGUGACAUGUUGAUUGUAAAAUCAUUUCCUUUCAAGUUACUAAAAAAACAAAAGUCAGCAGGACUCAGAUUAAGAUUCCUCUCGGGUGUGAAUGAUAAAGUGUAGUUGGAACAGAAUUACACAGGGUUAAGUAUGUUGCCAUUUGAAGUAACAAUACUGAUUUUAUUACAAAAUUACCUCUUCUGUUAUUACAAACGAAUCAAAUUUAAAUGGGUAAUUUUAUUUUACUUGUAAAAUAAGUUUGUUUUUGUUUUUGUUUUUUUACUGAGGUUAGGAGGAUUUAGGUGGAUAAAGUCGGCAACGACAGGUGGAAUAAAAUCCACAGGGACUCCUUUACCUUUAUCUAAAUGGAUUUCUUUUACCUGAGCUUUUGAUAUAUAUUUUUCACCAAAGGAUAAAUAUUUUAUUUUGAAGCUUCAUUUAAUUAGAGAAUGUCUAUUUAGACAUGAGAUUGUCAACAAGAUAAAUUGUCACACAAAAGUUAAAUAACAAUCGGGAGGGAAAGUUUCUAAUAAAAUACUGCUCUGCUCUUAUUUAUAUGAUUUGGAAAACAAAAAUACUGUUACGAUUAUCAAAGGAAAAUAUUUACCACCUUUUAUAUAGCCAAAGGAAGAAUAGAUAAAAUGUGUUGCCCGGUGCUUGUGGUUUUUCAGACAAUUUAGUUGAACAAAAGUAAAAAUUAAAAUUUACUUCCACUUGCCUUCACUAAAAAUGUGGGUCUCUUCCAUUUACUCAAUCUCAGCUAUUAAGUUGCCUUGACUAUAGCUACAAUAUUUUCAUAAGAACAGGUUACUUUUUAAAUGUUGGUCUCUUGAAAUAAUGCAAAAUGUAGUUUUCUUGUAACUCACAGACAGUUUUUAAAUUUUGUUUUCUGCAAUUUUUGUAAUUCACAUUGAACACCAGCAGUAUUUGCAGUAGGGCUUCCAUGCAAGAUCACUAUUGGAAUCUGGGAGGGGAGAGAAUGUGAUAAACUAUCAGUUUAAUUGUGAAUGUGUGUUUUCAUUUUGUCAUGGUGGUUGACAUGUUUGUAUUGCUGGAACUGUUUUUCUAGAAUUCAAAUUCAACAUUAAAUGUGUGUAUUUUUAAAAA